UGUCUAUAGGCUCUGUGGUGCAGUCCUGUAGCAGAGUCAGGUUUGGGAAUGGAGGAUGUGAAGGAUGAGAAGACGUUAAAAGGGUUUUCUGAAAGAUUAACUUUAGGUGUGACUCGGAUUUUAGAGCACCUCCCUGGUGUGCUAGAUGUACGAUUUGUUGAGCGGGAACCUGCAGAGAAGCGAAGCCUCCUCUCGUGGGAGCAGAAAAACUGCUGUGUUCUUCCUGACGACCUGAGAGACUUCUACCUCACAACAGACGGAUUCACUCUCACCUGGAACGCCAAGUUAGAGAGCAAGCCGGCCCCCGUCGGCUGUAUGGUAAUAAACAGCGUGGCCAAGCUUCGUCUUCUGACAGAAUCAAAUAUCUACUCCCUCCCCAGCGCACCAACCUUAGCUGACCUCGACUUUGAGGAUGCGUUCGAAGGGUCAGAGGGUCAUGAAGAGCCCCACUUUGACUCGCGUAGCCGCAUCUUUGAGCUCGACCCCUGUGGUGGAAACGGCCGAGCCUGCCUUGUUUACAAAGACUGCUCUCCAGGUGAAGUGGCCCAGCAGAGUGAGAUUUGGUUCCUGGAUCGUUCUCUAUACUGGCACUUUCUCACCUCCUCCUUCACAGCGUACUACAGACUCAUGCUAACUAAUUUAGGCCUCCCAGAAUGGCAGUACACCUUCACACCAUAUGGACCCAGUCCACAGGCCAAGCAGUGGGCAUCUCUUUAUCAGCCCCUUACUUUCCACGCUGACCGCCACCUUGAUCCAGCUGGGGAACCGUUCGUGAACGUUCUGGACCCGGCCAAGGCUUUCCGCGGCAAAGCCAAACCAGCGGCUCCCAAAAAGAAGCAGCCAGCCCAAACCCCAGCGACCGGCGGAGCGGCUGCCAAAGGGCAGGGGUCCACCGGCAGACAAAGCGUGAAUAAACGAUGACAACUGCACCACCUGAGGAAUGCUGUACUGUAAAACGCUCAGCAGCUGCCUGGCUAAAUGUUGUAACACACAGUGAAAUGUUUCUCACAGUCUAUGUACACUGAAUCAGGCUAAAAAUUGCAGAGUUGCAGCUUCUUCAGUUAGCAUGGUGAUGAAUGAAGGGGGUGACUGUUGAAUGCACUGAGAUCACUUCUUUGGCUGCUUAUUAUGCCCUUUGCACAGGAGCUCCAUGUUCAUUCAUGGCUGUUUUGUUACUGUAUUUUUCACACUGUAAGGCGCACUGGGUUAUAAGGUGCAUAAUGCAACAAGGAACAGGGGUGUUGCCAUGCUUUCCUUCUAAUUCAGCAGGUCUUGUCACUGGGUUGUGGGACCUGUAAAGCUAAGCCAAGCUAAUUAAACAAAGUGUAAUUCUUUAAAGAAAACAUUUUCUUUUAAAGUCAACUGAGCACUGGAUUUUAAUUUAUGCAGAUUUAUCUCCUGAAAACUGUUUAUUUGGGCAAGUAAAGCACUUUUGUUUAUUUACAGUAAGCUUAGAUUUACUAAGAUUUCCUGAGUGCACCAGCAUUAGUGGCUAACCGCUAGAGCUAGCCAUGGUUAGCGGCUAAUGCCGCCCAACAGCGCUACACUGGGAAACUCUGAGCAUUUUGGUAAGCCAGGGCGAUAUCAGCAAUAUAGUGGUUCGUCCCUCGUAGCUUGUUUUAAUACAGUAAACACAUAGAGUACAGUCCAAUAUACUCACCUCUCACAGCGAAAGAGCUGCUCCAGCCAUGCUAGCGUGGGUUAGCAACAGGCUACAGUCCAAUAAUAACCACCUCUGAACAGCAAAAGAUCUAGUGCUUAGAGUGGUUAGCGGCUAAUGCUAAUGCUGCUUCAGUCUCGGUGGUGGAGAACUAAACUAAAACUCCAGUAUAACGCUGUAAUUCAGCGGAGAGAGCUUAACUGCUUCUUUAUAUCUGACUGGAAAAAAUGUAUACAUAAGGCGCACCACAUUAUAGAGGGCACUGACAAUUUUUGGGAAAAUUAAAGGAUUUUAAGUGUGCCUUAUAUUGCGAAAAAUACAGUGCUUAAUAUGAUAUAUUUAAUAAACAUAAUUUCCAAAGUCA